UGCCGAGUGCGUGUGGACGUCCAGACACAGGUAGAUACCGGCGUGGGCGGGUUUUCUAAUAUCAUGUCGUGGAUAUCGCUGAGCACCAGUUCAUUACUGGAACCACAUCCUCUUUCACCACAUUCUUCAGCAUGGCCUUGACAGCACUCCCCCGCCGCGCGGCUGUCAGGUCCCUACAGGUCUCACAAUGGGCAUCCACCAGAUACUUCAGCACUCCGGUUGAGGAUGUGUUCUCGCCAAUCAAAACAACACCGCUGCCAGCUCCACCCGUAGCCAGCUCGGUGUUGAGAGAUGCAGUCAAUGCUCGCGCUCCGCGAUAUGACUGGACGAAAGAGGAGAUCCGAGAGAUCUACAACACGCCGCUUAUGGAGUUGGCCUUCCAGGCGGGCACGAUACAUCGCCGCUUCCACUCUCCCUCCGCGGUGCAGAUGUGCACGCUCAUGAACAUCAAGACUGGAGGUUGCAGCGAGGACUGCUCAUACUGCUCGCAGUCGUCCCGCUACAACACUGGUUUGAAGGCGACUAAGAUGUCCCCAGUGGACGAUGUUCUCAAGGCCGCUCGGAUAGCUAAGGACAACGGUAGCACGCGUUUCUGCAUGGGUGCUGCAUGGAGGGAUAUGAGAGGACGCAAAACGAGUCUGAAGAAUGUGAAGGCGAUGGUAGAGGGUAUUCGUGCCAUGGACAUGGAAGUGUGUGUGACAUUGGGAAUGAUCGACCAGAACCAGGCCGAAGAACUCGCGACUGCCGGUCUUACCGCGUACAACCACAAUGUUGACACCUCGCGCGAACACUAUCCCUCUGUCAUCACCACUCGGACAUACGAUGAGCGUCUGGAAACAAUCUCCAACGUGCGAAAGGCUGGAAUCAACGUCUGCUCGGGCGGAAUUCUCGGCCUCGGUGAGAAGCCAGAAGACCAUGUUGGUCUUAUCUACACCGUGUCAACCAUGCCAGCUCACCCCGAAUCUUUCCCCGUAAACGCACUUGUCCCUAUCAAAGGAACACCACUUGGAGACGAUCCCAAGCGAAAGCGCAUCGACUUCGACGCCAUCUUGAGGACAAUCGCGACAGCACGUAUGGUGAUGCCUGCAACCAUUAUCCGUAUCGCUGCUGGGCGCACUACUAUGAGCGAGGCCGAGCAGAUUUUGUGCUUCUCCGCUGGCGCCAAUGCAGUCUUCACGGGCGAGAAAAUGUUAACGACUGACUGCAACGGUUGGGACCAGGACAAGGAGAUGUUCAACCGUUACGGUCUGGUGCCGAUGAAGAGCUUCGAACGUGGUGGCUACAGGGAGACCUCGUGGGCGGAAAUCAAGGCUGACGUAGCCGCCGUUCCUAGUGCACCUUCAACAUCCGCCGAGCCAGCACUGACUGCGUAGAUGAUACAUGACUGUAGUUGAGGUUCAAUAUAAGAAAGCAAAC